GUUGCGCAGCUACCCUCUAACGGAAGAUCAAGGUAGAAUGUGUGUCUAAGUUGAUAUUGAUCUAAAUUUCAUUAUGGAAGCAUCUGAGGACAAAGGAGAGGAAGUUCCUUUUUCUGAAACCACUCAAUGCAAGGAGCCAGAGGACAAGAGGAAACAACAAGAACAAGAAUCUGGACCAAGCUGUCUGUCCAUUAAGAGCAACCAGUCAAUUCAGCAUUUUCCUGAUUUUAACAAUGAUCAACCUUCAGAUGCAGAGAUAUUCAAGCAGAGCCCAGACGAUGCUGGUCAACCUCCCCACGAGUUUCAAACACAGCUGGGCUCCAUAUUUGUGGAGCUGGAGAAAAAUAUUGUGGCGUUUGUGAAGGACGAGCUAAAGGAGAUCCAAAAGGUCUUGAAUUCAGAUUACUCCGAUGAGGAGAAGGAUGUGUCUGGAAAUAAGGAUGAGAAGCUAAGGAGUGGCAGAAGAGAUGCGUUUUUAAAGAUCACCAUUGACUUCUUGAGAAUGUUAAAUCACGAUGACCUGGCUGACCUUCUGCAGAGCAAAUCAUUCAUCACAUGUCAACAAACACUAAAGUCUAACAUGAAGAAGAAAUUCCAGAGUGUAUUUGAAGGAAUUGCAAAAUCAGGAAAUCAAAACUUUCUAAAUCAGAUCUUCACAGAGCUCUACAUCACAGAGGGAGGAUCUGCAGAGGUCAAUAAUGAACAUGAGGUCAGACAGAUUGAAUCAGUGUCCUGGAAACCAGACAAACCAGAAAUAACAAUUAGACAUGGAGACAUAUUUAAACCCUCACCUGAAAGAGAAGAACCAAUAAAAACAGUGAUGACAAAGGGAGUGGCUGGUAUUGGGAAAACAGUACUAACACAGAAGUUUAUUCUGGACUGGGCAGAAGACCAAACUAACCAGAACAUCCAGUUCAUGUUUCCAUUCACAUUCAGAGAGCUGAAUCUGUUAAAAGACCAGCAGUUCAGCUUAGUGGAGCUUGUUCACCAGUUUUUUAGUGAAACCAAAGGAAUUUUCAGGUUUGAAGAUUUAGAAGUUGUGUUCAUCUUUGAUGGUUUGGAUGAAUGUCGACUUCCACUGGACUUCAAGAAAAAUGAGAUCCUGACAGAUAUAACAAAGUCCACUUCAGUGGAUGUUAUUCUGACAAACCUCAUCAGAGGGAACUUGCUUCCUAAAGCUCUCCUCUGGAUAACCACACGACCUGCAGCAGCCAAUCGGAUCCCCACUGAGUUUAUUGGUAUGAUGACAGAGAUCAGAGGAUUCACUGACCCACAGAAAGAUGAAUACUUCACCAAAAGAUUUAAAUAUAAGAAGGAUGCCAGAAUAGUAAUCUCCCAUGUAAAGAAAUCCAGAAGCCUCCACAUCAUGUGCCACAUCCCAAUCUUCUGCUGGAUCACUGCUACAGUUGUGGAAGACAUGUUGAACAAGAAAGAUGGAGAAGAGCUGCCAAAGACCCUGACUGAGAUGUACAUUUACUUCCUGGUGGUGCAGACCAAACUGAAGGUCAUCAAGUACGAUGGAGGAACUGAGACAGAUUCAAUCUGGAGUCCAGAGAACCAGAAGAUGAUCGAGUCUCUGGGAAAACUGGCUUUUGAACAGCUGAUGAAAGGAAACCUGAUUUUCUAUGAAUCUGACCUGACAGAGUGUGGCAUCGAUAUCACUGCUUCGUCCAUCUGAGUGUUCAGGAGUUUCUGGCUGCUCUUCAUGUUCAUCUGACCUUCAACAAAUCUGGAGUCAAUCUGAUGGCAAAAGGUGAAAUGAAAUCCAAGGA